AGUGAUUUUUGAGCAGGCGUUUGGACAGCCACCUGCAAGGGUCAGGGUCCUCUAGCGCUCGUAAACUAUGCUGUACCUGUUGGUCGCGCCGAAGAUCGUAACUAGCGGUUUGUGCUCAUCUUUUUUAAAGCACUGCGGGGCACACGCUACAAGAUAUUCUUCUAAAAUGGCUUCAGACUCUCAUUGGUUGUCUCCUGAUGACAGGGAACAGUUUCUUCUCGAACUGAAAGCUACAGGCUGGAGUGAAGUGGAAGACAGGGAUGCAAUUUAUAAGGAGUUUAUAUUUAAAAACUUUAACCAGGCAUUUGGGUUUAUGACUCGAGUGGCAUUACAGUCUGAAAAGAUGGAUCAUCAUCCCGAGUGGUUUAAUGUUUACAACAAGGUCCAAAUAACUUUGACUACUCAUGACUGUGGUGGAUUAUCGAAAAAAGAUGUAUCACUUGCCAAGUUUAUAAACAACAUUGUGCUGACAAUGUAGCUUUUAGAGGGACUAAAUAUGUAGUUCAUUAAGAAAAUGAUAAACUGAUUUGAUUUGCUUCCCAUACGUUUAAAUUUAUUAUAUGUAAUUAUUUGGUUUUAAAGAGUAAUAGGUAUACAAAAGGGCAGUACAUCAUAUUUGAACAUUGUGUUGAUUCUGUCAAUAUUUUGACAUAAUAACCAAAAUGAAUGGAUAACUUGGUUUGUGAUUUUGUGGUGAAUAUUUAUUUUAUAAUUGAAACUAUGUGCUAUCUUUUUCAUUUAAUAUAAAUAAAGUGAAUUAUUAUCAUUGGGAUGGAAAUACACAAAGACAAAACAGAAUCAUUGUGUAUGUUUAGAAGAAGUUGAAUAAUCAAAAAAUACAUUUUAUAUGGGUAUGUACAAACCCAGUUUUGCCUGUAUAUUCAGCAUUUACAUGGUACGAAGACUAAAGGACUUCAAUUCAAGACAUUAUGCUGCCCUCAAUAGACUGCACUUCUCUGACAGCAUUUACUGGUAAGACAGAUAUUGACAAUGUCAUGGACACAUGGAUGCGCACCCUGUCCUCCAUGCAGCUAUAGGCAUUUAAAAUGGGUAGCUGAAAAUGCAAGGACAGAAGACAUGUCCUAAGAUCUAAGGAUUCAUCCAAAUGAACCAGUAUGUUUGAUAAUUUUGGUUUAUAUUAAUUGCGGCACUUUGCAAGGGUGCUCUCUUUAUUAUGUUGGACCUAUAACUCUCAAUGUAGUAAAUUUAAUGUUUAGACCUGGUUGGUUAAAUUUCAAGAGUGAAAUAAAGAUUCUGUCUGUAAACAAUGUGACUUUAAAAACUGUUAGUUGUGGAGACAGUUGACCUGGGACAAACUACAGUCAGUGCAUUGUGAAAACUUCUUUAAGGAGAGGACCAAUUAAAAUGAUCAUUUUGCUGAAAACUGUGUUUUGCUCACCUCCCAGUCAGCCUCACUGGUUUUCAUUAGUGGAAUCUUGAGUCAUGGAAAACCACUGCAACAUGCUCACCUAGUGCUUUUGUUGACAGCUUAUGAACUUUGUAUUUUUGUGCAUUUUAGGGACUAUGUAUUACAUGGUCUCUUUCUGACAAAGAUUUGCUUGGUAAUUUUUGUCUUUUUGUUACUGGUUUUAACUUCCCAAUACUCCUGUUUUCUGAUCUGUUUUGAAAGAAUGUGAGAUCUAGCUAUUUUUAAAACUAAAUUUGCAGAUGUUUAAUUCCAGUCUGCAACAGGUAGAGCAGAAAAUGUAUCUUUAUUUUUCUGAGAGCACAGGUAAUGUGUUAAAUAACUAAAAGCAAUCACACUCAGUCAGUCAAUUUCUAAUCAUUCCUUUUUCCUAAAAUGGCCCAAUGUACAGUAUAUUCAAAUUUUAUGUGUUUAUAGUUACAAUAGUUUUGUGUUAGGCGUCACAUUUAUAAUAAAUAAUUUCAUCAAUAAGUCCCUUAUUGUUUCACUAUUAAACAGUAAUAAAAAUCAUAAAAUUCACAACUAAAUAGUAACUAGCCUGAAAAUAUUUCUUCUUGACUUUCUAAAAGUACAUUUAUUUGUACUUAUUUAAAUUUAUUUGUGGUAACUGGAUCCUUUUCAGCCAAAAAAGCAUUUCUGAGUUCAGGUACUGAUGUUGGACAAGAAGACCUGUCUUAUAGUCAGUGUUCACAUUCAUCCCAGAGGUGUUCAGUAGAGCCAAGGUCAGUGCUCUGUGCAGGCCACUCGAGUUCCACUACACCACACUCAUCAAACCAUGUCUUUAUGGACCUGGCUUUGUGCACUAGGGCAUAGGCAUGAUUUUACAGAAAAGAAUCUUCUCUCUCCAGUCUCAUGCCACAAACUUGGACCCUUCACUGGAACCAAGGGUAUAAAACUGAAACCCUGAAAACUGCCCCAGAACGUUAUCCCUCCUCCACCAAACAUUGCCAUCUGGACUGCAUAGUGCCUGUUGUGCUCUGCCAGGUGAACACUACGUGUUCCCACUUAUCCAGAGUCCAAUUUCAGUGUGCUUUACACUGCUUCAGUUGAUGCUUGCCAUUCCAAGUAGUGGUCUUAGGCUUGUAUGAAACUACCUAUUUCAUGAAGCUCCUGACACAUCGUUGUGUUGAUAUUGCAUUCACAGCUAGUUUGCAACUCGAAUGUGAGUGUUGCAACAACAGACAUGAGAUUUUUAUGAGCUAUGUGCAUCUACAGUCGGUGGUACUGCUCAGUGAAUUUGUGUGGUCUACCACUUUGUAACUGUGCUGUAGUUGCUGCUAAACACUUUUACAACACAAUAAUAGCACUUACAGUUGACCGGGACAGAUUUAGUCGAGCAGAUAUUUCACAUGCUGACUUGUGGCAAGGGUAGCAUCCUAUGACAGUGUCCCGUUUAAAAUCUCUGAGUUCUUCUGUAUGACUCAUUCUGCUGCCGAUGUUUGUCAGUUGAAAUUGCAUAGCUGUGUGUUGAUUUUAUUCACCUGUUAACUAUGGAACACUUGAACUCAAUUUGGAAGGAGUCCACAUACUUUUGCCAUAUAUUGCAUAUAAAAAGCUAAUAAAAAAUUGUUUAUCUGA